AUGUUUCUUACACGGUACGAAUGGCGACGAACACAAAGUUUUAGUGUACGCUGGUGACGACGAUGUUGUCAUGAAUGUAAAAAACAUAUGAACAUUCAGCUCUUAUAUAUAGGUGCAUAGGUAAAAUUUAACGCCGACAGAUCUACAGAGAGGGUCGAACAUUUGGAAGUAUGGCUGACAGGUAUGCAGGAGACGGUGCUCGCCAUAGGAGACCACCAUCGGGUGUUGUCAUCGGAGGAUUGCAGGCGGCGGGGGAGGGACAAAUGCACGGCCUGUUAGCCGAGUUCAAAGGACUCUACGAAGGAAAGUUAAGAAGAUUAGACGAUGCAGAAAGACUAGGAGAAGACACAUCGAAGACACGAAUGCGAAUCCUGCAGGCAUAUGUCAAUGAUCUGAGUAAACAGAAUGAAGUCCUGGUACAGACUGUUGAAGAACUCGAGAGGGAGGCUAAUGAACGAGUUCACCUUCUUGAAGCUAAGCUGUCCAAGACAUCUGGUUGUGCAAAGGAAUAUAACUCGAAGGUUCGUGACAUGGAGCGAGAGUUGCGGACCCUGACCAUCGAGAAGACACGGGCAGAAGCAACAGUUGAGGAGCUGAAGACCCGCCUCUCCAGACAGGAUGAUAUAAUUUCUCAGCAGCGACGUGAAUUGGACAACUUGAACCAUGACGUGGACCAGCUGAUAUCUGUCAUACAGACCGCCAGAUCUACCGAACGCUGGAAGAUUGACACUGUUAGAUUCAGAGAGCUCACGUUAGAUCAGGUUUUUGGUUCUAUGCAUGAAACACUAUCCAAAAUAACUACAGAGGAUGACAAAAGUCGAGUUGUCGAUCUCCAGGAACAGUUACGACAGAAACAAGAUCUCAUCAACAAGCUUCUUGCUAGCAAACCGGACAUGCGUGGCUCUAAUGACCAGAGAUCUGAUUCACAUGCUACAGAACCAGACUAUGCCUUGAUGAAAGCUCUAACUGAUCUCAGAAAGUGCGAACAGAGAACCAAUGAUCUUCAGUUUGAAUUACAGAACCGAGAGCGUAAGAUCGCUGCUCUUCAAACACAGCUGAAGGAGUUGGAGAACGAUCUCACCAUUAAGGAAUCCGAUACAGCUAGUCAGGUUAUCAACAAUAAGAAACUGCAGGACAAACUUAGACAGUCAGCUGCUGAGAUCUCAAAAUAUGAGGAGAUUGUCUUACAGUUAAAGGAUGAAUUGAAUUCCACCAAAGAACAGCUUGCAAAGUCAUCGUUCAGUGUGUCACACUAUGAGAGGAGAAUUCGAGCUUUAGAAAAUGAAAUGUCGGAAGCGAAAGAUCAGAGAAGAAAGGCUGUAGAUGAGAUUGGUGAUCUACAAAACCGGCUUCGAGAAAGUCAGCUCUCAACACAAGAUCAUCAUGGAAUUUUAAAGUCUGAGCUGACGCGGCGUGAUGAAACCAUUCAGAAACUGAGACUUGAUGUUCUACAGCUGCAAGAAAAACGGGACAGUGCCAUUGCUGAGUUGGACUCUCAGAUACGUAAAACAUACCUUGUAGAGGACCGACAGAAACGAUCGUUGGAUGAGACACACCGAUUAGAAACCCGAAUUAAAGUCCAGGAAGAUGAGUUAGCUAAGUUACGCCAGCAGCUAGAGGAAGCCGACAACGAAGCUAGCAUGUAUCACAGUCAGGUGACACAGAUGGAAGGAGAACUGUCGUCUGUUCGCAGCAAAUUCUCGGAUUCUGAAUUACAGAUGCCUAGAGAUGAUCUUGUUCAGAAACUGACUACAAGCCUCCAGCGAUUACAGAUGUCCUCGAAGGAUACAAGAGACACUCUAACUAGUGAGGUAACUGAGAGACACGAUGCCAUUGUGAAGUUGCGUAAAGAUAACGUGGAGAUUGAGGAGAAGAUGCGUGAUGCGUUCUCGACCUCCCAACACCGGGCUGACAUUAUCAAACAGCUCAAAGACGAACUCAAGGUGGCCAAUGGGAAGACCCAGGAGGUUCAGCUGAAGGUGGAUGAGUUGGAACGGGAACUACAACAACUACAGAGUCGCUACACAGCACAGGCCAGAGAGGUUGAUCGACUGCAGACGGAUAUUCAAGAGAGGGAUCUGGUGUCUGGUCAGCAGGAAACGAUGUACAAGUCGGAGAUAGCCGACCGCGAGGAGGAGAUCUCUCGAAUGAAGGCAGAAAUAAACGUCCUGCAUGAACAGCUCGCACAGUUCGAUGGACAGAUGGUGUCUCGUGAUGAGCAGGUGAGUCGAGUUCAGGGCCAGGUUCGGAUGUUACAGGACGAGGUCACCGUACACGAAACGACCAUACAGAAGAUGGACAUCGAGCUGAUGAACUUCAAGGAAGAGAAACGCAGAAUGGAGGAUGCUUUACAACGAAAAGAGAUUACUUUACACCAGCUGAGUCAGGACUUGGUGCAGGCGAAGGAACAGUACAAUGAUGCGAUAGAAGAGAACGGGCGACUGGAAGCGAGAAUCCAGGCUUUCGCCAUCAACUCGCAGAGUGAACAGGAUGUACUUAGUACAGAGGUGAAGCGUCGAGAAGAAGCCAUCAAGCGACUCAAGAUGGAUCAGAUCAGUCUUCAGGAAAUCAACAGCAGAUACGAAGAAAAGGUCUCCCAACUUGAGCGAGAGAUAGAACAGGGCAAGAUGAAUUUCCGAGCGUCACAGAAUGAGAUCGAAAUGAAAAAGGCAGCCAUGCAGAAUCUCGAGAGCAGCCUGGAAGAGCAGAAGAAACGUGUCGGUCAGCUUCAAGAUGAAAUAGCCAAGUUGGAAGACCGAUUGCGAGAACAGAACAUACAGCUGACGUCCGUCAACUCACAGGUGGACAAACUACACCAUGAUAUUGGUGCCAAAGGUGAUAUGAUUCACCAACUUAGGGGAGAUGUCGAACAACUACAGAGGCAGCAGAAGGAAACCAUUAAUAAGGUCAUUGUACGUGAUGAAAACAUUCAGAAACUUAACAGUGACAUUGGUAGGCUGAAGGCUAAAUACCAGGAAAAGCAACAAGAAUUGCGUGUUUGUACGACUGAGGUGUCUAAGAGUUCUGAACUGUUGAAGAAACUACAGGAGACACUCGCCCAGUGUCACUAUGAUUUGGACGAGACGCGGAAACGAGCAGAGGAAGAUGUUUCCUGCCGCGAGGAGAAGAUAAAACAGCUACAAGAUGAUUUACUGGAAUCACAGUCUCAGCAUUCUGCAUGCUAUAAUGAGAUGUUGAAGCAGGAGGAUGAAAUAGAGAAGCUGAAGACUGAAAACUCGUCGCUGAACGAAGGGGUUCAGAGAAGCUCCAGUGAGAUCGUAGCUCUACAAGAUCAGCUCCAUCAGAUCGAACUCGAGCUGACGAUAUCGCAGGAAAAACACCGCACCUGUCAGAUGGAGGUGUCGAACAGAGAUCAUGUGAUUUUGAAGCUUCAGACCAACUUUGAUACAGUUCAGCAAAAGUAUACAGGCAGCAAUGAAGAGCUGAACAUCCGAGAUGAGGAAAUGAACCGACUAAAUGCCAAAAUUAAACAGUUACAGCAGGAGAUUCGAGACUGCAAUGCCAUUAUUGAAGCAAAUGAAGCCAAGAUGGUCUCUGAUGGGAAGAAGAUUCAUCAGCUACAACAUGAUCACGAGAUCUCACUACAAGAGGUGAAGAAUCACGUGAGGACGAUAGAGCAGAUGAAGUCCGACUUGGCUCUGGCAAAGAACGGACACAUCCAGGAAAUGAAUCGUCUGCAGCAGGACAUGGAGCUCGUCCGAGAAGACCUUGACCUUACCAAGAAAGAUCUGAGCGAUUCUCAGAACCACGUCCUGGAAUACAAGAACACAAUCAACGUCCUCAAUGAUGAGCUGGACCGAAUUCGCAGAAUGCAUGACGAUGCUUCUAUGGAGCUGCGGAAACAUGCCGAUACGAUCCAUGAACAGGACGCCAUGUUGUCAGAAUCCCGCCAGCAGCUGGCCGUGGUGGAAUCUCAGCUGUGUGCCACCAAAGAGGAAGCCUGUCAGUUGGAGGCCGGCCUGGAGAGUUACAAACACAAGUACAGCCAGUGUGUGUCGCAGAUCCACCACCUAGAGUCCACUGUCGACACCCUGCAAGACACCCUGGCUAACAGCAGGUCAAGGGAGAUGGAGACGGAACAGAAGGUGGAGUCCCUGCAGAAGGAUCUGGACAGCAUGGAUCAAGAGUUCGCAGAGUCCAAGAGGGAAAUACAGAACUGUGAGAGUGUGGUGGAGCAGCUUACUCAGGAGCUGAACACGGCCCAGGAGGAACUGUCUCUGUCACACAACCGUGUCAAGGAGUGCGAGGAGAACAUCCGCAACCUCAAGGAGCACCUGCAGUUCUCACAGCAACAGGCUCUGGAGAAUGAGGAGCGAGCGUGUAAGUUUGAGAGUGACCUGAUCACCUACCAGUCUGAACACACCCACACAGAUCAAGAGUUUAUGGAGAAAGCUGACUAUAUCUGUCAGCUGGAAUACAACUUGGAAGAGGCGCGGGGUGACGGUCAGAACAAGGCUCGGACGAUCAAUGACCUGCAGGAUCAGAUGGGUAGUCUGAAGAACGACUUCAACCAGGCCAAGGAGCAGAAAAACAAUGCCUUGAAUGAGAUAACACGCCUGGAACAGACUAUUCAGCAGCUUCAGCUGAACCUGGCGUCCGCUCACCAGCGACACAAGUCUGAGGUGGAGCGACUUGAGGCGUCAAUCAGUUCUCUCGACACGGAGCUGAACGAGACUAGACAGCAGUGCUCUGCCUACGAGGAGGAAGUCAAUCGCAAAGAAGAGCAGAUCAAACGCAAUGAAGCCGAGAUCCUGUCCUGUCGAGAUGACAUCAAAAACAAAGUGGAUGAGAUUGAGAAGUUGGAGGUGGGCAUUCAUGAUCUUAAACUGGAGAUGAAUCAGAUACAAAGCGGCAAGAGACAGGCAGAAAAUACAAUUGGAGAAUUACAGUCUGAAAUGGGUCAUCUUCGCACAGAUUUGUCAGAAGCCAGGUCACAAUAUAGGGAUUGUGCACAAGAGCUCGCUCACCACGAGGAGAAGCUCCUGCUGAUGGAACAGAACCUGCAGACGACCCAGGAUCAGCUGAGUCAGCGUGUGAGCGAGGUGGUCCGUCAUGAGCAGGCUAACCGCAAGCUGCAGGCCGAGCUGAAGGCCGUGCGGGAGCGUGCUGCCAGCUAUGAGGAGGAGAUGGCCGAACAGAAGACGCUCAUCGACAAGCUGCGCAAGGAUCUGAUGGUCACGAAGGAGGACCACCAUGCAGCGGUCCAGGAGGGACUCGCAUACAAGCAGCAGGCACACAAGGUGGAGGUGGAGCUGGAUGGGUCACGCGAACAGGAGAAGAUGCUGUCAGAUCAGGUGGAGCAACAAGAUCAGAUUUUGACCCAGCUUCAAGCGGAACUGCGAGCCGAGCGUGACCGCCACCAGGACACGGGGAGACAACUCCAGCAAGUCAAGAAGUCAAACGCAGAUCUUGAAAAUGACAUCGAACAAUUUCAGAAACAGAGCCGAGAUAUGGCACAAAAAAUCAAAGACAAAGAUGCCGUUAUUAUACACCUCCGGGCAGAUGUGGAAGAUUUCCAACAGAAAAUGAGAACACUGAAAGAAGAUCUCGCAGACAAGGAAGGACAACUUCGAGUGGCUAAGAUGAACUUGCAGACUGCACAGAAGCAGGCAGUACAUCAUUCACAUGAGGUUGCUCGCUAUGAAGAGACAUUGUCCCAGCUGCAGGCUGACCUGGAGAAAACUCAGGAACAGUAUAGGAAAACACAUGCAGAGCUGAUGGAGAACGAGCAGAAGGUUCACGAGCUGAAGGUUCAGCUGACGACCGUGCAGGGCAACCACAAGGAGUCGAUGGAGCAGCUCAUCGACAAGUCUCAGAGUCUGGCCUCCUUCCGCACCGAGAACGCCAAACUCCAGCAGCAGAAUCAGAGCAUGACCGAUGAGCUUGCAUUCUACGAGGAUAAAAUGAGAAAACUCCAUCAAGAACUUCGCAAGAUGCAUGAGCUCAACAAAGCUACCGAAGAUGAGCUGCAGCACUUUGAAGACCGGUAUACAGGUCUGCAGUCAGAAUUGUUCGCCACUCAGGACAAGCUAAAACAAUCGCUGCACGAACUCUCCGGGAAGGAGGAAGAAGUCGUCGUGCUGAAGGUGGAGCUGGGAAGUCUGCAGGAGAAAUACAAGUCAGCGCUAGAGGAGACUGACAAACUGAGAACUGAGUUGGAACUUAUGCGUCAGAACUAUCGCAGUGCUAAUGAAGAAAUCCAGGGGCUGCGGAUUGCACUGGAGGAAUCGCGGGCUAACGGGGAUCGCCUUCACCGGGAGAGUGAGCUGGUCGUACAGAACGUCAACACGUGGGUUCAAGAACAGAAAAAUGCUAAUGAGAAACUAGGCAACAAAAUCAGAGAACAAAGUAAAGCCAUCAUGGUUCUUACUUCUGAAAAAGAGUCGUUGAUGGAUCAGAUUCAGAAGCUCCAGAAGCAGAAUAACAAGCUUCUGAUCGAGGUGGACGAGAAGAGAUCCGACUCUGACAAAUUCAAGGCUCUCCAGAGUCACUCCAAUCAGCAACAGAUUCUGCUCAACAAACUCAAGGCCAAACUCGACGAAUACGAAAUUGAACAGGAUGAAGAAUUGAAGACAAAAUCUACCACAAUAGAAGACCUCCAUAGUCGACUAAAAUCAAACAUAGAAAAUAUUCAAGCAUUAAACCAACAGUUAAGUGCCCUCCAGCGUGAGAACUCUCAGCUGAGAAGUUCGCUGGAGCGUGAGUUGAGCAUCCGACAGCGGCUGGAGCUGCAGGUGGAGUCCAAGGAACAGAUGCUGAACAGUCUGAAGGCUCAGAUAGAAACCAGCAACCAGCACCGACUCAUAGAACACAAUUUCCCGGGCAAGGACCCAGACAAAGCUGAUAGGUUUCAGUUCCUUUCUUUUUCGGGACUGGACAGUGUUGAGCAGACCCAUGCUGCCCUGAGUCGAGCAGUCGAUGAGACCGGGGUGACCGAUCCUCUGUCUCUAGACAAGUCCUACUGGAUUCAGCGAGUCGGAGAGUUGUCCAUUCAACUUCAGCAAAGCAGUGAAUACUGGGCAGAGAAAGUUCGCAACCUUUCCGGAAAGCUGGACAGAAAAUCCUUGGGAUCCCCAGACAGAAAAUCGUUUGAUUCGCCAGACAGAAAAUCUUUACGAUCACCCAAAGUGAAAGUCAAGCCGCGUUCGUGACAUCUUCCCUGUUGAUGAAGCAGUAUUUAUUAUCCAGUCAUUUGUAUGUUUAAUAUCGCAUCUUCUUUCGUAAUAAACUUAAUAAACAUUAUAUAGUGAAGCCGUCCAAGGAGCAUAGAUUGUAGCAGUUUUUGUUGUAAUAAUAUUCUUUAUAGUAUAUUUAUUUUAUGAACCUUUUGGUAAUAAAGACAUGAUAAAAUUGUCCCAGAAAUCAAGGCUGCAGAUUUUAUGUUGUUAUGUAUAAUGUGUUGAUGCUCUAAUUCACAGCUGUAAAACAUAAGAAUGCAUUGCCUUCCAUAGUAAAAGCCAUACGUAAAAACAAAGAGUGGCAUUUUUGUUACAUUAAUAUAUUUUUAUUUUUUAAUGUAUUUAUAGUCUAUUUUUUGUUACAACUUUAUUUUAUUAAAACAGAACUUAACGUUUUAAUAAAGUUGAAUCAAGAAAUCAAGACCAGUGUAUGUUAAAUGAUCUUAUUUCAUAUGUAUUUAACGUUUUCAUGUUCUACUUUAUAACUUUAUUUCGAUAAAAUAGAGCAAUUGACUGUAAUUUUCUCUAAUAAAUCUGUCUCAGAAUUCUAGACUAGGUAAUAGAAUUCUAGACUAGGUAACAGAAUUCUAGACUAGGUAAUUUUAGACUGUCAUAUUUCUUUUGUUGUAACUGAACAGUUUGCUGAAUUCUUUGGAAAAACCUCAAGGCAUCUGUGGUAAAACUGUUUUAGAAAUUAGGACUAUAUAACAGUCUUUAUUUAAUAAACAAAAUUCAACAAAUUCAUAUAUAUAUAUGCGCUCUAUUUUAUGUAGCAACAUAUUUCGUUAAAGUAGAACUGAAUUCUUUUGUAAUGAACUCAAAUAUCCUGUGGUAAAAUGAUUCCAAAAAUAAAGUCUGUAUUGCAUAAACUAUUUAUGUUAAUGUAUUUAUGCUCUAUUUGAGGUCACAAUAUAUUUCAUUAUAAUUGAAUUUUUUGGUUAUGAACUUAAGCAUUCUGUUGCAUAAAUAAUCCAGAAAUCAAGACAACUUGUGGUGUAUUCAAUUAUUAUCUAUUUAUUUAUGUUAUAUACAAUCAUUACAUAUUGUUGCUUGAAUAUUCCAUUGAAAUGGACCUGAAUUCUUCACUUUUUAAUGAACAGUCGACAAUUUAUUUUUUACUUUAAUUUUACUCAUCAUUUACAAAGAAAUGAACAAGCUACCAGUUUUCAAAUGAUCUCAGGGCCAUUAAAUUUUUGUUACAGGCCCUAUCAAAAGAAGCAGGCAAUUAACAUGUGCUUUUCAUUGCCUAUUUGUGAAGUGUUUUUGCAUUGACCCUUUUAUAAUAAAACUUUGCUUUAGUUGCACAUUAAUUACAUUGCAUAAGAAAGAAUUUAUCAUAUCGCUGACUUUGAAGAGGCAGCAUAAUGAGCAUUUAGUGUUAUAAAACAUAGUUUUAAACCAGUUGUCCGAAACCUCUUAUUAAAUUCCUGUUAUUUUUUCAGAUAACUUUGUGAUGAACCAAUAAUCUGUUCCUUUCACUUAUGCACUUGCACAUUUACAGACAACGUUGUACUAUUUUUAAGUGAAGAUCUCAAUUCUAGUUGUACAGUGUUGUUGGACCUGGUGUUUUACUCCAUUUUUGGUCAUCUCAGUAUUAAAAUGGUUAUUAAAAAAAAAAAAAACGGAAACAAAUUGAAGAAAUAAUGCCUCAGCAUGCAUAUAAGAACACCUUCAGAAUAAAGUUUAGCUAAACUGCUGGAACACCGAGUAGCUUGCAACCUAAUAUUAUUUUCUAUUGUGAUCAGUAUUUAUAUUUUUAGUUAUCCACCACACACGCCCACCCGUCCAAAAUUCACCCCAAUAAGCCUGUCAUAUACAUGUGUAUUGUGCGUCUGUGAUAAUCAUAAACUUUAACUUAGUCAAACCUGUUUUAACCAGCUAUCUAACAGAGUACCAAAAAUUGUCUGUCAAGACCGAUAGAGCCGCUUAAUAAGAGUAAAAAACAUGGGUCCCUAGAUGAAUUCAUAAUAUACAUAUAGGUUAAUAUUUAGCAUACUAAAUGAUUUGCGAAAAUGGUCAUGAGGUCACGUUAGACAGGUGAUUGCUCAAUAGAGUAGGCCACAUUAGUACCAUAAGCUAGAUGUUGUGGGGUUGGGUUUGUUUGGGGGGGGGGGGGGGGGGGGGUUGUAAAAACAAAAAUGGUUUGAUAUUUAUUAGGAUUUUCCCGUCAAUGAUAGUCCGUGUUUUAUUUAGUUUACAUUCCAUUGCCGAUAUUAGAUUAAACAUUCCUACCAAUCUGUCGAAUACCGACAAAGAACCACCAUGUAUUAAGUUACGUGUCCACUUGUGUGUAUGCAGAUGCAGCUAAACUCUCAAACAAUGAAAUAACAUAAGACUGUUACCAUUUGUCUGGUUCAGAUGUCAGUCCGGUGUAUACAGCUUUGGAUAGGUUUUUUUUCUCAAAUGGACCAAUGCGGCGGAUUGAUAAGGAAAUGUGUCCAAGAACACAAGUGAAUAUGAAACCAUACUGGUAACUAUAUAAAUGGGCACACACACACACACACACACACAAAACAUGUCCACAUCGCAUACGGAAUGCAUUCACACAAGUGGACACAUAGCUUUAUUGUAAAAAUCAAUUUAGAGGUUAACAGUUAAAAUUGGCGUUAAAAUAUUUUGUUGUUUUUAGUUAGGUACGUGUAUACACAAUCUUGAAUGUGAUCACAGUAUUAUUAAUAUAAAACUUUAGAGAACAAAAAUGAAUGAGCCGUUUGUUAUAUUAUUAUUCCGUUUCAUAAACAUGACUAUAUUUUACUAUCAAUAGGUUACAUUGGAUGUUAUCCGGAUGAAAUAACAACUGACAGUCAAUAUAAUACUGGUAACAUAACACUUCCUAACUUCGACUGUUAGAUUAUGUGAUUGUGUGAACUGCUGAACAUAAUAAGACAUUUUUAAUAAAUGAUUUAUAUUUUAUGCAUAAUAACGGGGGGGAAAAAACAAUGUUGACCAAUGAAUGUGCUACUUGCUGCUGUUACCGGGUACAUAUAUUUCAAUGUUGAAUGUUAUAUGCAAAAUGAUGUAGUAAACAAAAUAAAAUCUGCAAGUACGAACUAAAGCUGGAAUAUUUUCUCCAUGAUGAAUUUAUCCUUAAAGUGACAAAAACACAUCGACUUGUUGGUAAUACGAUAAUUAUUAUUUGUGUUUUGUGAUUUAGAAAAUAGAAUGUGCCUCUUUAAAAUAAUUACAGCAAUGCACACAUUUUACAUUUUAGUACAAUCUUAUUUCUUUUAUAUCCACAGUCAUUUAAUUACGUCACUGCUGAAUCAUAUUUAACUGUGAUAGCUUCAUUUAUACAGUUUAAUUUUUAGUUAUUUGUUUAUAUAUACUGGUAUGCAACCGUCCAUUUAUAUACUGGUAUGCAACCGUCCAUUUAUUACUAUUAUGUAUGCAGGUGAUAGCAGGAAUCUUAAUGCAUGUUCAUUACAUGUGAAUCGAACUGUUGAAUUAUUAAAUUACUUCAAAAUAUCUGAGGAAGGUUGUGAUUAUCCAUGUGAAUAUAAUUAUUUAAUUAAUUUAUAAUAUGACUUUAGAUUAGUCUUUUUAUCCACAUUUUCCACAAUAGACUGCCCAGGAUUGUCCUUAGAAACAGAAAUGGGCCUAGUUCAACCUAAAGUAUGUGCAGUUUGUGUUUGUUGAGAAGCAGCUGGCCAUUGAGACCAGGAUGUCCCUCUAUGACACAUUGUAUGGGAAAGCCACUCUACACCUUUUAGUAUCUAGACCAUAGCUGCCUUGUUUUUUAAACAAAAGAUAUAUAAUGCACAAUAAAAGAAGUACAAAUAUUUUAAUAUACAGUUGAAUCCCGUUGGCUCGAACCCCGUCAGUUCUCGACAAAGUGUUUGACACAUCAGGUAGUUCAACUCGACCAUUCAGUUAACAUCGUGCAAGUGUAACUCGGGACUUUGUUUUUGGUUCGUGCGUUACGGAUAUACGACUCUUCCAAAUUCGACCCAACGAGAUUCUAGUGUAUGUAUUUUCUUCUCUUUGACUGUCAAAAUGGACAUAAAAUGUUCAUAAGACAUUGCUAAUUUUAACACUUAAAACAGACACAAAAACUAAGGCAAAUCAAACUGAAUAAUUUUAAAUAAAUUUCAACAAAUUUAAUUAUAUAUUUCAUUUUCGGUAACCCACCUCACCAUCCCAAUUUUUUUGGCAUAUAUUAUUAUAUAUCCUCUUACAAAAUACAGUGUCGAGUAAAAUGGUGGGUUACAUUAACACAUUAGUUUUUUCAAAAUGAUAGCCAAUUGAACAGUUAAUAUAUUAACUAAAUAAAUUUUCCUCCGAUGACUAGUCAAAUUUUUCAUUUAUUGUGGAAUUGCAGGAUAGAGAAAACUGCAUGAUAGUCAGAUUUGAAGACGACAGUUUUACUGGUUUACGGACUGAAACUGUCUGUAUUUAAGUAGUAUAUAGAUAUGUGUUAGUCGGUGUAUCGGGAACAGUCCCUGUGGUGUAUGUGCCUUAGAUGUUUUGCAUUCACUGUGAUAUGUGCUUAAUUAAUAAACUGUAUAAAAGCAA